AUGUCUGCAGCAGUCACAUCAGUUGAUAGCAUUCCUCAAGUAUUAUCUGGCCUAAGGACAGCAUUUAACUCAGGCAAAACAAAAUCUCUGAAAUGGCGUAAGGAACAAUUAGAAGGUUUGUUAUUAUUAUUUGAUGAACAAAAGAAUUUAUUUGCCUCUGCGGCGAAAGCAGAUUUUCAUCGACCAGAACACGAAACAUUAAUGUUUGACUGUGCAUCAAUUCGUUCUGAGUGUGUAUAUGCAUUAAAUCAUAUUGAUGAAUGGGUUAAAGAUGAAAAAAAGUCAGAUGCACUUUUAUUUGCAAAUAUGGAUAAAUAUGUUCAAAGUGAACCAUAUGGUGUCAGUUUAAUUAUUGGCGCUUGGAAUUAUCCAUUUUUGGUGACGCUUGUUCCACUUGUAGGUUCGAUAGCAGCUGGUAAGAACAGAUCAGAUUCAAGCGUGAUAGUUAUUUAGGCAGUUAUGGGGAAUCGUCAAUCGUUAUUUCCUUGACUUUAGUCUAAGGUCUUACAAAAUGGUUGUCUGUAUGUGCGAAAAAUAUAAGGAAAAAUCGCUGUCCGAUAUUUCUUGGAUAAGUCAAUCAUAAGGGAGAAGAAUAGAAGGUUUUUGUUUUUUAAACACUAGAGAGGUAAGGUGACCUCAUCUCACCUCCGGGUGUACCCGGGAGAGAAAAUAUUUAAAGAGGUCGCUUGAAAUAUCUACUGAAGCAGAGGAAAAAAGCUAAGUAAACUUUUCCUGUACACUGUAAUUUGGAAUUAUUUUCUACCUUAUAGAAAAUCGAUCUGGAAAAUCAUCAAGAAUUGACUAACUUUUAUAAAAUCCUCAGCGAUUUUCUGACUGUUUAGAAAGUGUGGAUUUUCUAAACAGUUGAUUCUGAAUUAACUUUUCUCAUUUGCCAGAAAAUCGAUAAGGAUUUUCUAUAGAGUAAGUUGGGGUAAUUCUGGACAGCCUCUCGAAUUUUCACAGUAUUUUGAGCGUACCUGAAGCAUUUUUACUCGGGAAAAAACGACACUUCGCAGGUAGAUAGACCGAACAUUUCUCUAUCUA